UCGUCCCAUUCCCACCACACUCUUCUUAAUCCUCUUCUCUUCAUAAACUUCUCCUUACUUUCCCAUAUAAUUCCUUUUUCUCAAAACAAUCUUUGAUAAAUCUUAUAUAUCAUUUGUAAUUUGUUUGGUUUUCGUUUUUAAUUAGUUAAUGGGUUCGAAACCACGGAAAAAGCAAGUAUGGUGUCCGCAGCCAUUGACGCCAUUGAUGGAAGGUCCUGACCCGGAAAUGCAAGAAGAAGGGAGCAAGAAAGAAAGUUCUUGGGAAGUCAUUAGGGAAUGGUUUAGGGCUCAAAAGGGUUUCCAAGGAAGUAGCAAUAUUAAUUCUGUCUCAUCAUCAUCAUCAUCAACAUCAUCAUCAACAUCAUCAUCAUACGGUUGCAAUAUUCCGGCCAAAAGACAAGAUUUAAGGUUGUUGCUUGGUGUCUUAGGUUGCCCUCUUGCGCCAAUCCCACAAGUCAAUCACCCUAUUGAUCAUCAUCACCUCCUCCAUCUCAAGGACAUCCCAUUUGAAACAUCCAUUGCGCAUUACAUUAUACAACAAUACUUGGCAGCGACGGGGUGCUUAAAGCAACAAAAAUGCAACAAGAACAUGUACGCGAGUGGGAUAGUGAAGAUGAUAUGCUGCGAAACGGAGGUGUCCACAGGCAGAAAUGUGAAGAGUUUGGGAACGAGGAGUGGUGAAAGUGGGUGCUUUGUGCUGUGGCAAAUGACACCCGGAAUGUGGUCUUUGGAAUUGGUGGUCGGAGGAAAUAAGGUUGUCGCCGGCAGCGACGGGAAGACCGUUUGGAGGCAUACCCCUUGGCUCGGCACCCACCCGGCCAAGGGCCCCCAACGCCCUCUUCGCCGCUUAAUACAGGGCCUGGAUCCAAAGAGCACAGCGAGCUUAUUUGCAAAAGCACAAUGCCUAGGGGAAAAGCGAAUCGGAGACGACAACUGCUUCGUGCUGAAGGUGUCGGCGGAUCGCGCCGCCGUGAUGGAGAGAAGCGAGGGCCACACAGAGGUUAUAAGGCACGCAUUGUAUGGCUACUUUUGCCAAAAGAGUGGCCUCCUCAUAUACCUUGAGGACUCCCACUUGACUAGGGUUGAGUCACCGGACAACGAUACAACGGCCGAUACCGUCUAUUGGGAGACGACGAUAGGCAGCAGCAUCGGCGACUACAGGGACGUUGACGGAGUCCUCAUCGCCCACCAAGGCCGCUCCAUCGCCACAAUCUUCCGCUGCAGCGAGCUCUCCAUGCAAUACACGAGGACGAGGAUGGAAGAGCUUUGGAGCAUUGACGACGUCGUUUUCAACGUCCCCGGGCUCUCCGUCGACUCCUUUCUCCCUCCAGCUGACAUACUUGACGGCGUACAUUGACUAGUAAUUCACAAUAAGUUGAUCACCUUAAGGAUGAUUAUGACUUCCCAAGUUUUUUUACUUUUUUAAGUUUG